GCUACCUGCUAGAUAGCGCUAGAUUUAUUCAGCGCCUGAACUGGGCUGAAUGCUGCUGUGUUCGUCGAUUUUUGGUAAAAUUUGUGUUUUUCGACCCCGUUAGUCGUUGUUUGAGAUUUAACACACAACACAAUACAAAGAAACGUUUAAUUUUCCAGAAGAAGGAACCGCACCGAUUUAUUACAAGUUUCACGCAACUCCAGAACAACUUUCAAAUCUUUAUCUGGUCCAUUAUUUUUAAGACAAUGUUCACAAAUUUGGCCAAUUACUUGCUGGGCUCAAUAGUAAAUCAAAAUCAGGGAGCAGCGGCAGAAGGGGUCGAAAACAGCAGCAUAAGACUGACAUCAGCAGAGCAGGAGGAUGACUGGGUGCUCGUGGACAGGGAUAGCGAGGGCAACUCGGACACCCUUUCGGUACGCAGCCUGGACGAAGGGGAAUACGAAGAGUCCGACACGGACAUACCUACUCCGGGAGAACUCUCAAGAACGAGUUCGUCAUCGUCCUUGCCACCCUACACGUCGAACAUGGAGGACUCAUGGUUCAUCACCCCUCCCCCAUGUUUUACGUCCGCGGGACCUAUUAAUAUGGAGACGUCACCGUUGGAAAACCUGCUUAUUGAACACCCCAGUAUGAGUGUCUACUUUAACUACUCAGGUAGAAGGCACGUUUUUGUGCCGGUCAGGACGCCUUCACCCACUUCAAGUGAAACUCAGCAAGAUGAGUUACAAGUUGAGGAAACCCAAGUUGAAACGGGUGAAAGGGUUGCUGUAAUACAAAACAGAGCACCUCUCUUGCAAAUCUUGCAGCAACAAGAAAGACAGAACUUCAAGAGCAAACGGGCUCAAAAGGCACAAAUGAAAAAAGCUUGCGAGGUAAUCAAACGAGGUUAUCUGCAACGUAACAAUAAGGCUCGUGAAGUAAACAGUCGCAAUCGUCGACAAAGACGUGGGGAGCGCUCUCAGGGUGCUAAUCGGUCCUACGCCAACAACAAUCGCAAGUGCUGAGCACAAACUGAUCUCAUUUCGCAACAUUUGAGAAAAUAAGUUCACAUUCAAAUUUUCAUUCUGGACUUCCCUUUGAUCCGCAGACGUCCUGCGGAUUUAUUGAUUCGUGAUAAGGGAAGUAUUAAUUAAAAAUCCCUUCAUGUUAUAUGUUUUGUUUAAAGUCUCGAAUGAAAAUGGAUUAUAUUUAUCGAAAAAGCACGUGUGAUCAAUAAAUUUUACCAAAGCACCGUGUUGUGUUCAUAAAAAUUUGAGAAUAGUACGUUGUAAAUGAACAAUAAAUACAUAGUACUUAUUUGUACUUAAAUGUUGCGAAGAAUUUUACUUUAAUUUUAAGUCUCAAAUAAUUUUAAUUUAUGUGCGUCACAUUACUACCUGCAAGUAGAACAAUUUUGUUGUUUUUAUACUGGGCAUUAGAAUUAUUAAUUUCAUUUUGGCCAGUUGUUUACUUGUCCGUUCAUGUAAUGUGAUCGAAUCCUUGUAAAUAAUGCAGAGAUAUAGUAUAUUUUUAUUAUUAAUUAAUUCAGUGAGAAAACUAUAUUUUAAAAUGUAACUUAUUUCCGUUGGUUAUUUUCUCGCAAUUAAUUAUUUUAUUAGCUAAUGUGUUUGUCGACUCCGUGAAUACUUCUCAAAUUUAUUUUUUCUACGUACACUUACAUCGGGUCUUCACGCUAUGAGGAAUUCAGGAAGCGUUCACGGAUUCCAAAAACGGAAUAAUAUAAAUUACUGACAAUAUUUACAAACAUUCUAAUAGUUAUGUGAUCAUAACAGAGAGUCUGUGAUUUUAUUAUACUUAGUGGUAGCUCUCUGCGAUGACGGCAUAUUUAUUUGCGAAAUUAUAUUGUUAAUUUAUGCAGUUGUACCAUCCAAAACUGUUACUGACGCAGUACAAAAAAGAAAUCGUUUAAUUUUCAAGAGGCCCUUAGCGAACACUCAUUGUAGAUAAUUAAUGUUCAUGGUAUAACGUUUGAUUGUUUCUUUAAACGUAUAUUUUUAGGUGAGUGAUGAUACUGAAUUUGAGUCUUGACGGGCAGGUAUUUUUAAACCCUGUAACGACAUAAUAUUUCGCUUUUAGUGUUUAGAUUAAAAAAAAAUUGAUAUGAAAUAAAAAAAAUAUUCAAAUAAAUGAAACAAAAAAUAUUAGAAGCAAUGUUGUAUCUUGCUAUUUUUUUAUGCUUUUUUUGCGCCUAACAAUUUCUCUGUCGUCUGAAGAAAAGAUGCAGAGAAAGCUGAUUUAUAUGUUCAAAUUAAUUUGUAUUAAUUAAAGUAUAGUUAUUUAUUAUUGCUUGAUAUUCAGUUUUCCUUCCGAUUUUCUCGGACAAUAUUCUUGUUGAUUCAUCUUCAAAAUUUCCUUUUUUUAAGUCAUUAAUUUGACCCAAAUGUGCGAACAAGGGUCUGAUACCAGGUUCCAUUAUUCCAAAUGUAUAUAUAAAUUAAGGGGUAGUGCCAUUUUUGAGAUUGGAAGAAAAGGUGAUUUUGAGGAAUUAAAAAAAAAGGAAUCGAAGGAAGACCAAAACUUCGCAUUAAAUUGUUAUUAACAAUGAAAAUUGUUAAUCAAUCGAAAAACCUCUAUGACGUUCCUUGAAUUGUGUUAUUGUGAACUUCUGAACAAAAUUUCAAAUUUCCAUUUCCAUUUAAAAAUAAGUGGUUUCUCGAAAAAUGCUUUUAAAGCCAUUCAGCAUAAGAAUCUAAGAUCUUGGUCUAAGACUCUAUCUAGCCUCUAUGGAGUAUGUUUCCACGAGUUACAAUAAGUACUGGAGCAUGUUGCGAGUGGUUGCGUUCCACUUCAAAAAAACUCGUGUUCCCGAUUUUUUCUUACCCUAAACCUUUUUUUCCUAUAUUCUUCAUGUAAUAAAGCAUUGUUUAAACAAUUUAUAGAAAUAUCAGUGUUUUCAAAAUUCUAUUCUUUAUGCUAUUGGCAUUUCACCAAUAAUCUCCAUAUAGACAUAAAUUAACGACAGCUCACAAGUAUACGACGGGCAUUAGCGAAUUUACUUUUCAGUGAUGUGACAUCCAGUGAUAGCACCUCGUAUAAACACCAACGUUUUUUAUUUAAAUUUCACGAUCAUUAAAGAAAUUUCAAUAUGUACUUCUAGAUCUGUGUGCGAAAUUCCCCGAUAAUUUUCAGUUUUCAUUUAUUCUGACUGAAUUUAAAUUUUUGUAUCGAAAUUAAAAAAACAUUACAUUUUCUCAAGUUUUUCUUUUAAUUGUGGUCCUUUUAUUUUUAACUUGAGCUCUUUAAUUUUUUUUUCUUAUUUAACAGUUAUUGUUUUUUCCUAUUCUUCCCAAUAAUUUGACAAGAGAAAAAUAAUAUAUUUUACAUAAUUUUCUAGCAAAUGUACAGUAUUACAUUUUUAAAUUUGAGUUAUUUUCAUAUAUCGGUCCAAAAAAAGACUAAUUCAAAUGCAAAUUAUGCAAAUGCAGUAAAAUUAUAACAUUGAAUGCUACUUUUCCACUAAAACUACAAAAAUGUAAUAUUUUCUAGUGUCGUUCAAAUUAUUAAAAAGUAUUUUUGGAAAAGCCAUUAAUAAUGUUGAAUAUUGGUAUUCUAACUAGAAAAAUAAGGGAAGAGCGAAAUUAAAAAUAUAAGCGCUACAAUAAAGAAAAUAAAAUAUUUAUUAUUUUUUAA